AUGGACAGUCAAGCUCGGAUUGUCGGCACUUCGAAACAACCCGAGGUUCGGCCGGUGUCCAAACCGCGACGGCCAUGGCCGCUAGUGGGAUGUUUAUUGGUCGCAUGUCUUCUCGUUGGACUAUUUUACUCGAUUCAGUUGACUGCAAGCUCCCCAGCUCCAUUGAGCAUACCAGAUCAUCAAGAAAAAGAUGAGCUUGUCACUCGGCCACAGAUCGAACUUCACCCGAAGCACCAUAUCCACCGUGCACCGGUUACACAGUAUCUCAACUGGCGAGUGACUUCAGACUAUCGCCGGCCAGAUGGAGUCUUGAAGCGAGUCUGCCUCAUAAAUGGUUUGUUUCCGGGACCCACGAUUGAGGCAAGAUCUGGUGAUACAAUAAUGAUCAAUGUCACAAAUAAUCUACCAGAAGAGUCAAUCGCUCUUCAUUGGCACGGUCUCUCUGUUACGAACGCCAUGGAUGGGGCGGCUGGUGUUUCCCAAUGCCCAAUCACACCAGGUGGACAUUUUGUUUACAACCUGACAAUUCAUUUUGAACAGAGUGGUACCUUUUGGUAUCAUGCUCACUCUGGCGUCUCACGGGCAGAUGGCCUCUAUGGUGGACUGGUAGUCCAUCCUCCGACUUCUACAUCGAGCGUUCGAGGCCUAUUUCCCGGGGCCCGUAAAGAGAUUUACCAUCACUCUUAUGAAAAAGAUAUGUUGCUCCUCAUCGGAGAUUGGUACCAUCGACCCGCGAGAGAAGUUCUAGAUUGGUACACAGAUCCCGGGAACUUUGGAAAUGAGCCUGUUCCUGACUCUUUGUUAAUCAACGGAGUAGGACAUUUCAAUUGUACGAUGGCAGUUCCUGCGAGGCCAGUCAACUGUAUAUCUCAGUCGACCAAGCAAUCUUUCCUUGGUCUAGAUACUCCAAAUAACUUUCGAAUUCGUGUGAUAAACACGGGAGCACUCGCUGGUCUUGAUCUUUCUUUUGAUCAACAUGCGGUUGAUUUGAUCCAAAUAGACAGCGUUGAUGUACAGCGCCCAAAAGAAAGGGAUACAAAUUCUCUCGGUACUCUUUACCCUGGACAGCGCAUGGAUUUUGUCCUCAUGUCAAUUCAAGGCCCUCGGGAUCAAGCUUCCAUGACAGUGCACUUGAAUCAAGAAUGCUUCAAAUACGCCAAUCCGGCAUUGACUCCAGAUCAAACAUUUUCUCUCGACCUCGUUCCGAACUCUUCAUCAAAUGUUACAACAGACUGUCCAUCCAGCAUCAAUCAUCUCGAUAUCCAAAAGGUACCAUCUACCCACUCAGUGCUUGAGCGUCUUCCUCCCACUGCACAGCAAACACACGUUGUAUACACCAAGAUCCAAAAGAUGGCUCGGUAUUCAAAUAAGCCGUUUGGCUACUUCAACCAAACAACAUGGAAACCCCAAAAAGACCCACCAAGUCCAUUGUUAUACCUACCCCGAAGCAAGUGGGAUAAAAAUCAACUAUCCAUCUCCACGGGCCCCGCUCCUGUAUGGGUCGAUCUCGUCAUCAACAAUCUAGACGAAGGGUCUCAUCCAUUUCACCUAAUUCCACAGCACGGCCACAGCUUCUAUAUCCUAGCAACUCACCAAUCCGAAUAUGGCUGGGGCUCGUACAAUCCGUUUGUGGACAAAGUUCCACCCCAUCUCGCACAAAGCCCUCGUCGCGAUACUACCACAGGCCUAUAUGACCUACCCAAGGCCGCUUUGCGCGACACUGUACAGAUUCCCAGUCGUGGCUAUGCGGUGAUUCGCUUUAAGGCGGAUAAUCCUGGAGUGUGGCUUUUGCAUUGCCAUAUUCUAUGGCAUUCCGUGACCGGUAUGGCAAUGUUGAUUGAUGUGCAAGGUGAUCCAGCUGGUCUGGCUGCACAUAGUGCCCCGUCGUCCAACGAUGGGAGCUCGAUGUGUACGACAGUCUGA